AGCUGCACAAGUAACAACAUUUUUUCGCUAGACUUUCCUAUAAAAAUGUCGAUACAAAUACCAAUAAGAUGCAGUGUAUUGUGUGCAUAAAAUUCAACGCCAAUGCAGCGUUAACAAAUUAAUUAAACCACUAUUGUUAGCAACAACGCAGUCAGCAACUCCACUGUAUUAUAGUUUCUUGUUCGACGCUUGGUUGCAGGCAGCAGCAGCAGCAGCAGUUAUUGUUGAAAGAUACGCCAGCGCCAUGCUCAUAAGAAACGCGUCGAGUAGUCAACGAAAUCGAGCAAGUGCCAAAAGUCGCAGAAACUCAAAAGCGUGAGCACCCACUCCGGCCCAAGUCGAGUGUCGCAAGAGCUACAUUUGGCCCAAGCAAUACAAGUGAAGCAAGCGAGAGAGAGAGAGAGAGGCGAAGACCAAACACUAGUCAGACACUAGGCAGUUGCAUUUAUAUUUGAUCUUAAGCGACUCAUCAUCAACCAUGGGCAACAAGAACUCGUGCUGUGCGUACUCCAGUCCGCAGUCGGAUCGCAAGUCGAAGGAUAUACCGCCGGUGUUUGAGGAGAGGCAUCAGUUGCCGCACACCUCGCAACAUCAGCUAGACGGUCAUCAUGGAUCUGGUGGCGCCACGAUGUCCGUGCAUCAUCAUCAACAUCAGCAGGGCGGCAGUGGUGAUAACUUUGAGAAUCAACAGAAUCUGCAGCACAUUUCGGAGCGUGAGGCGCUCGAGGGUGAAGAGGAUCCUUCGGUGGAUCCUACAGCAGCCACCAUGUUUCUGGAGCGCUCCAAAGUCGAAAAUGGCGGCAUUUCACGCAAGCGCUCCCAACAUCAAAUCGCACAACAAAACAACAGCGUAGGAGGCGGCGGAGCCCAUACACCUGGCGCCAACAGCUCUGGCGGCGGCACUGGAGGUGGCCUCAAGAAGAGCUCCUCCUGUUCCACAAUCUAUUUAGAUGACAGCACUGUGUCCCAACCGAAUCUAAAGAACACCGUCAAAUGCGUUUCUCUAGCAAUUUACUAUCACAUCAAGAAUCGUCAGUCGGAUCGACGUUUGGACAUAUUCGACGAGAAGCUGCAUCCAUUAACACACGAUCAUGUGCCCGACAACUAUGACACACUCAAUCCUGAGCAUCGACAGAUCUACAAGUUUGUGCGCACCCUCUUCAAUGCCGCCCAACUAACGGCCGAGUGUGCCAUCAUAACGUUAGUCUAUCUGGAACGUUUGCUUACCUACGCGGAACUUGAUGUGGGGCCAUGCAACUGGAAGCGCAUGGUCUUGGGUGCCAUACUGCUUGCAUCUAAGGUGUGGGAUGACCAGGCCGUGUGGAACGUGGACUACUGCCAGAUACUCAAGGAUAUUACGGUCGAGGAUAUGAAUGAGUUAGAGCGUCAGUUUCUGGAGCUCUUGCAGUUUAACAUUAAUGUGCCCUCAUCCGUUUAUGCCAAAUACUAUUUUGAUUUGCGCACGCUUGCCGAGGCGAACGAGCUAAAUUUUCCCACUGAGCCGCUAUCAAAGGAGCGCGCACAGAAACUGGAGGCCAUGUCGCGCGUUAUGCAGGACAAGGUGACAGCCGAGGCGCUUAAGAAUGGCAUCAAGAAAUGGUCCUCAAUGGACAACGUCAGUCAGGGCGGUCCGCGGCGAAGCGUGGCCAUAUUAUCGUGAUUUAUAUUAGCCUAUUAAAAACUUAUAUCUAUAUUCAAUUCUGUAGAAACCGUAGCGGUUCCAUACUGUCCUUUCCACAAACAAACUGAAACGAUCGCGCCUGUAAGUGUAACUAUCACCAUUUGUUUAAUUUCUACUGCAUUUCGAUGAACAUUUCGCAAGACUUCAAAAACACACAUCUAACAAGAAAGCACAACCAAAACAAAACAUUUACUAAAAAAAGAAAAAGAAAACAUAACGAAAAUCUUACACUCACACACACACACCAAGUCUCGAAUUAAGGACCACUUUUUAUAUAUAUACAAUGGUAUAGAAUGCUUGUUCUAGCAUAUUUGUAUAUUAUCGUAGGCGAAACUAGCGAUUGCAGUCAAGGAUUUGGAUGAUUUUAACAUAUGCCUACAACUAGAGGAGCGCGUAACCAAUUGCCAAAAAUAUUGAAAUGAAAAAUAAACAUAAAACAAAAAAGUUAACUCAAAGAAAUUGCCCUGUAUAAAAUGCUUGAAUAUUAAAUAUUGUAUUUUGUAAUUGGUUUAGUCACUUAAA